AUGCCAGACCAACAAUGCCCCCCCUCCAAAAACGCCUACGUAACCCUCCUCACCCGCCCCAGCUACCUCGCCGGCGCACUCCUCCUCGCAUACACCCUAACUACGCACUCACCCACAACCCCGCUCAUAAUAACCUACACGCCGUCCACGCUCCCCGCCCCCAGCAUCGCCGCACUCCAGCGCGAAGCCGCCCACUCAAACAUAAUCCCGCACCCUGUUGAACACCUGCGUCUGCCGGAGUCGCAGACGGCGCACGGCAUGGUAGCUGAGCGCUUCAUUGACACAUGGACGAAGCUGCGCGUGUUUGACCUAUGGGAGUUGGAGGUGGAAAACGGGGGCAGGUUUGAACGGUUAUGCUGGUUAGACGCCGAUAUGAUGAUUUUCUCCGACCCGAGUUCGCUUGUUUUUGGGGAAGGGCAGGAUGCGUUUUUGAAGGGUGGGGACGGGAAUAGGGUCAUGGCUGUGCAUACUUGUGUGUGUAAUCUUGAUAGGGAUUCUUGGGCCCCGGAGGAGUGGAAUCAGAAAAAUUGCGGUAUGAGUCGUCUUACGUCGUCGGAUCAAGUGGCAGAGGUGGGGGAAGAGGGGGAGUGCUACACGCUUCGCAAUUUCAACAGCGGGACGUUUUGUUGGCGGCCGAGCAAGCAAAUAGCACAGUUUGUAAAAGACAAGUUCGAACAGCUAGGCCCAGAUGCGUUGAGAGCAAUGAAAUUCCCCGACCAGGAUUUCCUCAACGAGGCGUUUGAGGGACGCUGGGCAGCGCUGAGUUGGAAGACGAAUGCGUUGAAGACGUGGCAAUAUUGGCAUACAAACUUCUGGGUCGACAAUGAGGUCGCCGUCUUGCAUUAUAUCGUCGAUAAACCAUGGGCGGCGCGCGUGGAUGAACAGGGCAAAGCGGGAUAUCUAGGUAAAGACGGGGAGACGCAUAAGUGGUGGUGGGCGCAGUUUGCCAGAUGGCGGGAGGAGCGUAAGGGACAGGGCGAGCAUGAGUUAUUGGAGACGAUGGGCUUGUAUGUGGCGGGUGAGGGGAGUGAGGUUAGUGAGGAGAUGCGGGCGAUUGGUGGUGGGGCGCAGGAUUUUGCAAAGAAGUGGGAGGAUAAGGGGGAGAAGGAGGGGGAGUAG